AUGACCUCAACGACCAAUUCAAGUAUCUGGCCUAAAGGACAGGAUGAUGAGGUGGUGAGACUCAUCAACCUGUACUUUAACUUGGUAGAUAGUAAGGAAGGGAAUGCAGGACAACGACUUGCAGACGAGGUUUUCGCAAAGAAGGGCAAGUGGUAUGCAUCGCUUGGAUUUUUCGAGGGUCACGAUAACAUUGCGACUUCCCGUGACAAAGCAUGGGACAAAGUCAACUCCCAAAGUCAUAAGCUACUCAAGGUUUUCUUGAACGACGCCGAGGGCUUGGAUUUCUUGCUUGUUGGUAUCGCCAAUGUCGAUUUCAAAGAGUCAGAGCCGGUCACAGUGGAAUUUCUUAUCCACACGGCAGUUGGCUAUGAACGUGGGCAUCCUAGGAUUCUAUUUUGGCAACCCGUGUUGUCAAAACCGAGUCCGGCGGAAAAACCAAUUCUCGCGACUAUUGAGUGGGAUAAAUCGUGA